UUAAAUAUUGCCAACAUGGAGUGGACACCGAUGGAAAUCAACCCCGAGGUGCUGAACAAGUUGAUGAGUAAAGUUGGCGUGGGUGAGGGCUGGCGCUUUGUCGACGUCCUCGGAUUGGAAGCUGAACAAUUAUCCGCCGUUCCGAAGCCCUGCUGUGCCUUGAUGCUGCUCUUUCCCAUCACACAGGAGCACGAUUCUUUCAGACAACAACAGGUGGACAAAGUGGUGCGGAGUUCCGACGCUUACUUCCUCAAGCAGACGGCCACCAAUUCCUGCGGCACCAUCGCUUUGCUGCACGCUUUGGGAAACAACCAAAGCAAACUCACCUUCGAGCGUACUUCUGUGCUGAAGAAGUUUCUGGAUGAAACUGCCAAGAUGUCUGCUGACGACAGAGCCAAACAUCUGGACAAGAAUCAGGCAAUUCACGAUGCUCACAAUGAAGUAGCUGCACAGGGACAGUGUAGGCCAGAAGCAGAUAAAGUCAACUUCCAUUUUAUUGCCUUUGUCAAUGUGAAUGGGCAACUCCUUGAAUUUGACGGGAAGAUGAACGGCCCACUGAACCACGGAUCCACCAAAGAUGAAACGCUGGUAAUGGAUGCCGCCAAAGUGUGCCGAGGCUUCGUGGAGCGAGGACAAGGCGAAGUCCGCUUUUCGGCCGUGGCGCUGUGUCGCGGUUAAAUUCCCCGGCGGGCUGAAACGUUGACCGCAAAAUGCAUUCGUUAGCAUUUUCUGAGCACUGUCAAGCGAGUAUCGUUUUCACUCGACACGCAUACACAAUGUGGCUUAUACACACACCUCAUUUUGAUCCACAUAAUCAUUCUUAGAUGUGAACUAAACAAAUCUGGCUGCUGUUUCUUUUUUUUUUUUUUUUUUUUUUUUUUUUUUUUGCACAAGCACUUGUCUCUUUUUGUACGUGUUUGUUAUGCUUGGCGGACCAAUGGGAAUGGAGAAGAGAAAGGAAUCCUUUUUGGACUGUUUAGAUGCCUCUUGCUGCUAAUUGGUUGAUGUGAUGUUCCUCACAGCCCAAAUGUAGCUUUUGAAUGUUUGUCGACUUAGUUGGACUCAAUGUGAAGCAUUUGAAGAGUGCCAUUAGUUUGCUUUACUAUGCACAGGUUAGAAUUGUGCGUGUGUUGCUGUGUUUUUGGGCACUGUUGGCAUGAGUGGCUGUUACUGACUGACACCAAUAAAGUGCUUUUGAUGGUUU